CUCACUGCAGAUUCCAAUCCGCUUUUCUCUAAUCCUGCACAAUGCACAAGACUUGUUCACUCUCUCAACUUAACCGGACUUGACAUCUCCUUUUCAUCACACAUUCUCCUCGACACUUGCCCAAAUCCCUUAACGGGUUUUUCCUCCUAUCUCCAUUUCAUUCUAUCCAAACAAAGAACCCAUCAGCUUCAAUUCAUUUUCUCUUCCGAGAAAAUUAUUCUCAGGAUCAAAUUGUUGAUAAAUCUUCGUUAAUGCACAUCCACUCAUGUCCCCAAUACAUUUCGUUAUGGCGUUGAUGAGAGAAUGCAAUAAAAACUCAAUUGAAGGGAGAAAAUUAAGCUACAGACAAAUUCAAAGAAGUGAUUUUCAACAGCAAAUUCAUUGAGCUUUCUUUUUUACCUCCUGCUUCUUCCUCCUUUAGCUUUCUACUCCACCGAGUUUUCUGUUCUUCUUCGCAGCUGUGAUGUGCGUAUUGGUCUCAGAAGAAGCUGAGACUGAGAUGGGAGAGGUAGGAUUUGUAAAAACUUCCACGAAAGUUUUUCGGAGAUUUUCAGUGCGCGUGAACGUAUUAGCAACACGCGCGCAGAAUUCAACCGACAUCCACGUGUCAGCACUCAUGCAAUAAGUGGGAGUUAACAGUGAAGAGCAGCGAGUGGAAUAAGAGGGGAAGAAAGGCCUUUUUUCGGUCAGGGUUUCUAAAUUCUAAUCUCAAUCUGUGCCCUAAUUCCCUCAAAUCUACAAAUCUCUGUAGAGACUAGAGAGAGAGAGGAAACCCAGAGAGAAUCUGGAGUCACGUCAGCUCACGCACACGCAAAUUCUGGAGAGAGAAAAAUGAAAGCAAUGACAGCUAAGGGAAUGUGGCCUUAAAGAGACACUCUCUCUACAACCCCUAUAUUCCUUUUUCUAUUGUUUCCUUACCCUUUUAGGUUUCUCUUAUUCUCCCACUUUUGAAUUUCCACUCGUUCACUGUUCUUUUGAGCUCAAUUUGCUACAUUUCGGUUUUAAAAGUCGAGAUCGGCACCGAAAAGCUUCAAUUGUGUUGCUUUUGCUGGUCUGACCUUGCGUUUUCACAUAAUUUGCGAUAUAUUUCUCGGGGGUUUGUGUGUGAAUUGUCCCUUCUGAUGUUUUAUUUUCAAUCAUUGAACCAAAAACCCGUGAAUUUUUCAGCUGGGCCCCCUUUCUUGUGCUCUAUUUCAGCCAUUUUCCUUCCGUCUGAUGUUGUUUUCUUUAUAUGUGGCUUCAAUUGCUUUAGAUUUCGCCUGAAAAUUUGACAUAUUUCCUUCUGCUUCCCCUCUGUGGAGCUCAUUUUUGUGAUUAAGCCUUGAAUUUGAAGUUUGAGGGUUAAAAGGUUGGUGAGAUAUAAUUGUGGAGGCGGGAACUGGAGAAUUGACAAAAAUGGCAGAUAGGCAUAGGUUGGUUUCAAUUGAGGAAUUGCCAUCGCAUUUGAUUUUGGAGAUCCUGAUGACGGGCAGGCUUUGUGCCGUUGAUCUUGUUUGCUUAGAGUUAACUUCUAAGACUUUUGGAGGGAGCCAUAGUUUAUACCCUCAAAAAUUCAAGUCAAUGGUAGAUUUUGCAGCAUUUCAGCUGUGUGUGUCACAUGGCGUAUAUAAAGGUAUGACACGGGAUGCCCAGAAAGAAUUGUUUGAUCGUUGUGGAGGAAAUUGGAAGCGGGUUUUGAGGUUCUUGCAGGCUGUGGAGGAAUCAUCUGGCAUGGUCGAGACUUCAGCAGGCAAUCAGAUGCAGAUUACAACUGGAAGGUAUCACACGUUGUUGAUCAGCAAUUCAUCUGUGUAUUCUUGUGGUUCCAGUUUGUGUGGUGUUCUUGGGCAUGGUCCUGAAACAACACAAUGUGUAGCAUUCACCAGGAUUAGUUUCCCAUCUUUGGCUCAUGUGGUUCAAGUCUCAGCCUCUCACAAUCAUGCUGCAUUUGUUUUGGAUUCUGGAAAGGUUUUCACCUGUGGAGAUAAUUCAUCAUUUUGCUGUGGUCAUCGAGAUACAAGCCGCCCCAUAUUUAGGCCUAGGCUUGUUGAGGCAUUGAAGGGAGUUGCUUGUAAGCAGGUUGCUGCUGGACUUAACUUUACUUUGUUCCUUACAAGACAAGGCCAUGUGUACAGUUGUGGGACCAAUACUCAUGGGCAGCUUGGUCAUGGUGACACAGUGGACAGACCAACACCCAAAAUCAUUGAGUCACUUGAAGGAGUUGGCUCUAUUGUUCAGAUAGCAGCUGGUCCGAGUUAUGUCUUAGCUGUUACUGAUAAUGGGGCAGUUUACUCUUUUGGUUCUGGUUCUAACUUUUGUCUUGGUCAUGGAGAGCAGCAUAAUGAGUUCCUGCCUCGUGCAAUUCAGACCUUUAGGAGAAAAGGCAUUCACGUAGUUCGUGUGUCUUCUGGAGAUGAACAUGCUGUGGCACUUGAUUCUAGUGGAUAUGUUUAUACGUGGGGAAAAGGUUACUGUGGUGCAUUAGGCCAUGGAGAUGAGAUUGAUAAAACUCUUCCAGAACCCUUGAACAGCCUUAAGAGCCACCUUGCUGUUCAGGUUUGUGCAAGGAAAAGGAAAACAUUUGUUCUGGUUGACGGUGGUCAUGUUUAUGGCUUUGGUUGGAUGGGGUUUGGUAGUCUCGGUUUUCCUGACAGGGGAGUAUCUGAUAAAGUGAUGAAACCUCGAAUCCUUGAUAGCUUAAGAGCACAUCGUGUUUCUCAGAUAAGCACAGGUCUAUAUCACACUGUUGCAGUCACUAGUCAGGGCCAGAUAUUUGGAUUCGGAGAUAAUGAAAGAGCACAGCUUGGGCAUGACACUUUACGAGCAUGUCUUGAACCAACUGAAAUUUUUGUUCCAGAAUUCGUGGGUGAUACAAGCCUUGCAUCUGAAAAUUAAUAAUUGUCUGAUAUUAUUACUUUAAAUGGUCAUGUGAGAAUAGAAAUUUUUUGGUGUCAAUGAAUUAUAUAAGAUGUAACACGAGUAGAGGAUAAGUCGAUGUUUUUAUUAAAGUUCAUACUUUGUGUGUUGCGAAGAUGCUAGGAUUCCUAUGGCUGCAAGUUAAAUGUAUUCUCUCUUUCCAUCUUCUUGUCGUCUCAAUAUAUAUUUCUUGGCUGUUUGUUUUA